AUGCCUCAGAACGAAUAUAUUGAGCAACAUAUCAAGAAAUAUGGUCGCAGACUAGAUCAUGAGGAGCGGAAGCGCAAGAAGGAGGCACGUGAGGCGCAUCGGGUUGCCAAGGACGCCCAGAACCUGCGAGGAUUCCGGGCCAAGAUGUUUGCGAAGAAGCGGUACGCAGAGAAGGUGGAGAUGAAGAAGAAGAUCAAGCAGCACGAGCAAUCGAAGGUCAAGGGCGACGGCGAGCCUGCCAAUACCGGCGAGGCUCUGCCUGCGUAUUUGCUGGACCGUCAGACACCCAACACUGCCAAGGCGCUUUCCACAUCCAUCAAGCAGAAGCGGCUGGAAAAGGCCGACAAGUUCUCUGUGCCAUUGCCCAAAGUGCGAGGUAUUUCCGAAGAGGAAAUGUUCAAGGCAAUCAAGAGCGGUAAACGGCAGAAAAAGAGCUGGAAGCGCAUGAUCACCAAACACACAUUUGUGGGAGAGGGCUUCACGCGACGACCGGUCAAGAUGGAACGCAUUAUCCGGCCCGCAGCACUGCGGCAGAAGAAGGCCAACGUGACGCACCCGGAGCUCGGCGUCACUGUUUCGCUGCCGAUUCUGUCUGUGAAAAAGAACCCGCAAAGCCCCAUGUACACCCAGCUGGGCGUGUUGACCAAAGGUACGAUCAUCGAAGUCAACGUCAGCGAGCUCGGGCUGGUUACUGCGGGCGGUAAGGUUGUGUGGGGUAAAUAUGCACAGAUCACGAACGAGCCCGAUCGGGAUGGAACCGUCAACGCCGUUUUGUUGGUUUAA